GCUUGUUUACAGACCUGGAGAUCCUAGCAGCUCUGUUUGCUGCAGCCAUCCAUGAUGUGGACCAUCCUGGAGUGUCUAACCAGUUCCUCAUCAACACCAACUCUGAGCUGGCUCUCAUGUACAAUGAUGAGUCAGUGUUGGAGAACCAUCACUUGGCUGUUGGCUUCAAGCUGCUCCACCUGGACAACUGUGACAUCUUCCAGAACCUGACCAAGAGACAGCGACAGAGCCUCCGCAAGCUGGUCAUCGAUAUGGUGUUAGCUACAGACAUGUCUAAACACAUGACUCUACUAGCUGAUCUGAAGACCAUGGUGGAGACUAAGAAGGUGACCAGUUCAGGAGUGCUGCUGUUGGACCACUAUACAGAACGCAUACAGGUCCUGAGGAACAUGGUCCACUGUGCAGACCUCAGCAACCCCACCAAGCCGCUGGGUGUGUAUCGCCAGUGGACUGAACGCAUCAUGGAGGAGUUCUCCAGACAGGGAGACAAGGAGAGAGACAAGGGCUUGGAGAUCAGCCCCAUGUGUGACAAACACACUGCCUCGGUGGAGAAGAGCCAGGUGGGUUUCAUAGACUACAUAGUCCACCCUCUGUGGGAGACGUGGGGUGACCUGGUCCACCCUGAUGCUCAGGACCUGCUGGACACGUUGGAGGAGAACAGAGACUGGUACCAGUCCACCAUGCCUCAGAGCCCCUCUCCUCCCUACGACAAACACCUGCUCACAGACCGCUUCCAGUUUGAGCUGGCACUGGAAGAUGUGGAGCCAAACCACAACCACAUACAACAACUCAACGGGUCCAACCACAUGGUCAGACAGGAGAACGGAAACCAGGACAAUUCAAAGGAGAACCAUGUUGAAGAGGUGGAGGAGAACCAUGUUGAAGUGGAAGAGGAGAACCAUGUUGAAGAGGAGGAGGAGGAGAACCAUGUUGAAGAGGAGGAGAACCAUGUUGAAGUGGAAGAGGAGAACCAUGUUGAGGAGGAGGAGGAGAACCAUCUUGAGGAGGAGAACCAUGUUGAAGAGGUGGAGGAUAACCAUGUUGAAGAGGAGGAGGAGGAGAACCAUGUUGAGGAGGAGGAGGAGAACCAUGUUGAAGAGGUGGAGGGGAACUGUGUUGAAGAGGAGGAGGACCAUGUUGAAGAGGAGGAGGAGGACCAUGUUGAAGAGGAGAUAGAGGACCAUGUUGAAGAGGAGGAAGACCAUGUUGAAGAGGAGGAGGAAGAAGACCAUGUUGAAGGGGAGGAGGAGGACCAUGUUGAAGAAGUGGAGGAGGACGACCAUGUUGAAGAGGAGGAGGAGGAGGAGGAGGACAAUGUUGAAGAGGAGGAGGAGGACCAUGUUGAAGAGGUGGAGGAGAACCAUGUUGAAGAGGUGGAGGAGGACCAUGUUGAAGAGGAGGCAGAAGAAGAUAGAGGAGAGGAGGAUGUCAAAGAUAACGGGGAUGUGGAGAACCAAAAUGGAGAACAAGACUGUGUUGGGGAAGAGCAGAAGGAAGGAGAAGAAGAGGAGGAGGAGGAAGAAGGAGGGGAACAGGAGGAGGAAGAAAGAGAGGAACAGGAGGAAGAAGGAGAGGAAAAG